AUGAAAGACCAUCUUUGCGCACUAUUCGAGAGCGGUGCAGAAUUUAUGCGAUACUGGGAGCUCUCACGCAAGGAUCCGGAAAACUUGGAGCAUCGAAAGCAAAUGCUCCAAUGUAUGAAUGAAACAUAUAGGCAUGCAAAUAUCUCGUAUGGUUUAAUCGAUCAGACAAUCGAAUGGUGCAAGAAAUCUGACCUGGCCAUUAUACAAGAGGAUUGGUUAGAGGCCAAAAAACUGAUCGAUGUUGCACUAGAAGAUCUAGCAAAAAUCGCCGCCAAUCCGACGAUUGACUCAAAACUAGAUUGCGAACAGGGCUCAAGUGACGAACACGAAUCCGAACAGGGCUCAAGCGAUGAGCACGAAUCCGAACAGGUCUCAGUCUCAGACAAUGAAAUCGAUUCCAAACAAGGCUCAAUCGAUGAAAUCCUUUCCGAACAUAGCUCAAUGAAUGAAGAAAUGACUCCAAGAGAGCACGGUGCUCAUGCUGCUAGAUCGACUAUAACAAUCUGCAAGUUGACGAGAAUUUUUUUGAAUAAAAUCACGAAUACGACUGCAAGUGGACCAUUGUUUACCUUAGACCCAGAGAUCAAUUCGAAGACCCUGGAGCUGCUACGUCAAGGUCCAACCGAAAUUGCUGAGCAACUGCGAAGUCUUGCAAAAUUCUUGGUGGAUCUACACCAGAAAAACAGGAAGCCGCUUCUUGCUAGAAAUCAGUAUUCAAGGAGACUCCUCAAAAUUCCAGCAUAUCUCAAAUCAACCUUACUUCUUCUCUCUUUGUAUCACAUUCCUUUGCCUACAACUGAAGUCAUUCAUCACUCGCCACCCCAAAAUCUAUUCAGCUCCUGGUUCCUUAGCUUACUAUCUCCAUACCAUAAGGCAACAGAUUGUAUGCUGGAAGCUCUUUUUGACCCCCAAGGGUUCAACUCUGAAGAUAUGUUUUUUGACUCUGAGUAUUUAGUGAUGGGCUCGGAAUAUUCAAUUGCUGAUUCUGAAUAG